AUAUACUUUUAUAUUUUUAUUUAUUUACCUUUUCCCUAGGAAUGUGCAUUGCAGUUGGACUUGAAAAACCUUCUAUCUGUUUCUAUGGAUGGACCAAAUGUUAAUUGGAGGUUUUUAGAUCUCCUGCAACAGGAGCAUCAUGAGCAGUUUGGUGGCACACAGCUAAUUGUGGUGGGGAGCUGUGGCCUCCACACCCUCCACAAUGCCUGCAAACGUGGCUUCUCCAUUUGGCACAUGGAGAAGGUUCUAAGGGCCUUGCACAUACUCUUCCACAAUGCGCCAGCUAGGAGAGAGGAUUUCACAGCUCUAACCAAAUGCACAAAAUUUCCACUUCCGUUCUGUGGACACAGGUGGCUCGAAAAUCUACCAGUCGUGGAGAGAGCUUUGGAGGUUUGGCCAUCGGUGACCAUGUACAUGGAUGCAGUCAGGAAAAAGAAGAUACCAAAUCCAGGAACGGCAUCUUAUGACACUCUUGAAGCUGCUGAAAAAGAUCCUCUUAUUCUGGCAAAGCUACAUUUCUACAUGGCUAUCACAAGGACCUUCAGUCCUUUCCUUACCUUCUAUCAAACAGAUGUGCCUGUGAUUCCGUUCUUUGCCAAAGACUUGGCUGAGCUGUUGAAGAGUAUGCUGAGGCGUUUUGUCAAGAAAGAAGUACUCAAGGAUAUCAGUCCACUUCAGCUGGUCAGAUUGGAUGUCAGUGACAAUCAGAGCUGGGUCAACCCAAAGGAAGUAAACAUAGGCUUGGGUGCAGAAUCUCUUCUUAAGGAACUACAGAAACAGAAAAAGAUAGGGGAACUCACAGUUCUGGAGUUUAGGAAAGACUGUCUUAAAAUGAUGUCUACCAUCAUCCAGAAAGUACAGGAAAAGAGCCCAUUAAAGUAUCCUGUAGUGAGGCAGGUGGCCUGUUUGGAUCCCAGCAUGAUGUUGUCUGACCCUGACUGGUGCAAGAGCAACAUGACAAAACUGGUGCAGAAGUUUUUGCAAGCCCAACAGUUGUCAGGAGGGGUGUCUGCUGGUGAUGUGAUAAUCCAGCAGUUUAGUGACAUGUUAUCUGCUGAAAAUGAGACCCUUGUCUCAUACCGAUCCACAGAGACCAGGCUAGAUACGUUCUUGCAUGGUGUACUUGCCGAGCGCUAUGAUGAGUUGUGGGGCUUUUGCAAGAAACUGCUUCUCCUGUCCCAUGGGCAGGCUACAGUGGAGAGGGGAUUCUCCAUUAACAAAGAAGUGGAGACCUGCAAUAUGCAGGAGGAGACAAUGGUCACGCAUCGACUGGUAUGCGAUUAUGUCAACAUCUGUGGGGGGCUCCUCAAUGUGCCUAUUUCUAAAGAGUUACUGGCCUCAGCUGCAUCUGCCAGGUCUAGAUAUAGAAUGCACCUUGAUCAGCAGAAGGCUAAGAAAAUUACAGAUGUCCAGGCACAGAAACGGAAAUCUUUAGAAGAAAACAUCGAGCACCUGAAAAAGAAAAAGAAAAUUCUGGUCCAGGUAUCUAUGAGCCUGCAGAGGGAUGCAGAUCAGCUUGCAGAAGAAGCUGAAGGAAAAGCUGGCACCUUGAUGGCACAGCUCAUUACAAAAUCAAACACACUGAGGAAGAGAUAUAAAGAAAAAACAAGUGAAUUACAGCAAAUUGAGACCGAGUUGGAGGCAAAGGGCAAAGAACUGAGAUCAAUACAGUAAAAAACAAAUGUUCAGGUUAAUGGCAUGCAGUGUACUUACUGCUGUGCAGUGUUUGUUUGAAAUCUUCAUAAGCCCAUGGCUGUCAAUAUUCUUCCUAAUGAUUAGUCAGUGCAAAGACUAUGUUUUGCAAUUUUGUUUCACUCUUUCUGUAAAUCAAUAAAGAGUUUAAGGUAAUUGGUUGUGUUGUGUGGUGUUUGCAAAUUUGUUACUACAAAAUUGGUCUUAAAUUUCAUUCUGUACGGUAUUAAAAAGGUCUUAAAAAGUCUUAAAUCUAACUCGUAGAAACCUGCAGAU